GAACAAUCAGUACAUGUUGACUGGGAAAAACUUUUAGGCUUCUUUAGCUUCUUGACUUGCCAGCCUUUUCCUUCUUCCUCGCCUCUCUCUACCCGCCAUUUAAGCACUCCUAAAGAUGGCCAAUCAAGGUGGUGGUACUUAUUCUCCUUCACUUGGUACUUCUUCUUCACUGGACAUGCCUCCUGCUCUACCUCCUAGACCACCUCGUAGGCAACAAACCUUUGAUUACACUAGACCAGAACAAGUUCCUCCUACCGUCCCAAGAAGGAAUACUCGAUCAAUACCUAACGAGACUCCACCCAGACCUCCCCUACACUCUCGAACCUCCACAGCAUCAGUGUUCACAUCCCCAGGCCCCCCUGUUGCUGGAGGGAGCAGUCAAUAUAUAUCCACGAGCGAUGGGGUUCGAAUGUUGACUGAGUUCAGGGAGAGGUCUCACUCAUUUAAAGACUAUCCACCGAUCGAGACUCAGCCUUGGUACUGGGGGAAUAUAUCAAAAGAGGAUGUCACUGACAUUAUGAAGGAUAAACCAGACGGUUCAUUUCUAGUGAGAGAUGCAGCACGUAGUCCUGGGAGCUAUACACUAACACUCAGGAAAGACGGGGUAAACAGGUUAAUACGUAUCAUGUUUCGUGACGGGUACUUUGGGUUUGCCGAACCACUUGAGUUCCGUUCUGUCGUAGAACUGGUUGAGUUCUAUAGGACACACUCACUUCAGCCGUACAGCUCAAAACUAGACAUCACACUGAAGGAACCAGUGUCUAAGACUGAUAUAUAUGAACAGGGAAGAGAUAAGUCUGAGUCAGUAUCUCUUGAUGAAAUAGUCCGUCAGUUAAAAGCAACGGAAAAGGACUUACGAGAGAAAGGAAACCGUUACAAUGAACUGACCAACAAAUACGAGAAAAUAACACAAGAGAUACAGAUUAUGAGGUUAGAUCUAUUGGCUCAGGAGCAGAUACUAAUGAUGCUGAAGGAGCACCUGGAAACCAGCCUUAGACUACAGACAGAAAACAAAUCACCUGACGUGAAACAACAGAUGAUUGUUAAUUACAAUAUGUUAAAGAGGAGGUUCUCUACCCAUGAACAUGGUAAGAAGUCGUUAGAGGCUCAGCUCCAUCGGACGGAGAUGUCGAAGAAUGCAAUAGACAUGGAGAGGAACAUCCUCAAACCAGUCCUUAAGAGUCUACAGGAACAAAAACAACAACACUUAAGGUUUUUAAAUCAACAUGGUGGAUAUCGCUCCAGUGAUAUAUUAGCUGAAGCAUCAGUUGAAGAGGAUAAUCCAGAUGAUGAUCUUUAUGCCACUUAUGCUAUGCUACAUACACACAGAACAGAUGAUGAUGAUUAUAGAAGAAUAUCCGAAGAGAUUCAGAAAAAGAAGAAAAAACCUCCGCCACCUCCACCACAGUCCAACCCUCUCUUUGUGUCGCUACCUCCAACUGAAGCUACAUUAUCCAGGUCCCCCCAUAGACCUCUACCACCUCACCCGUCACUAUCAAUAGAAAAUGCCCAACCAAUGAUGCCACCUUUACAAUUCAACGAAGCUGAUGGUAAUCAGUUGAUCACCAUUAAUCAGAUAAACCUCCCUCCAUCUCUCCCCCACUACGAGCCGACCUCUUGGACGAGGGACCACAUUUCAAGGGAGGAGUCCAGAGACCUUUUGAGUGGGCGGCCGGACGGUACCUUCCUCGUAAGACCCAAGCCAGGAGUAGCUGAUCAUAUACCAAUUGGAGAACCACUUCAUACCCAUACCAUUGAUAUAGUUGAUGAAGGAAAGUUCAAGCGUAUCCCAGUCUUCAGAGGCCCCAGUGGUGGCUACGGCUUCGCUCAUCCUUUUGAGUUUGACUCUCUCAUCAGUUUAGUCUGUUACUAUGCCACCAACACAAUGCAGCGUCACAACGACAGCCUUCAGAACACCAUGUUAGCUUUUCCCGCUUUUUUAAGGUCGUCGUCUUGAUUCGGCGUUCCCGAGACUGUUAAAAA